GUCAGUUUGAAAAUGAGAAAAGUCCGUAAAAUUUCCAAAUGAAUAACAUAAUUAUCAAAUCUUUUCAAAAUUCACUGAAACUGUUGAAGCGCUCCCGCAGACUGUCAGUAGUAAAAUUUUCCGAUGACAAAUCUAAAUCCAAAAAGCCAGUUGUCGAAAUCAGCGUGGAAGAUCUGAAAUUGUUGAAGGAGAAAGUCGACAAACUGCGAAGGAAGGCACUGAAGAAAGGUUUAAAGAAAGAUGAGGGUAAGGAGGACCCGUUAUCGAAGAACAAAGAUACUGACAAACGAUUGUAGAUAUGAUGUUAGUUUUUGAUGAAACGUAAUGAUUUUGAUUUUUAUUAAUAUUAUUGAAUCGUUUUAAAUUUUUGGGGUUACUUAUUUAGAUAACUUUUAAAUAAAUUUU